GACACAUCUGGCCCACAGUUGCGUUUCACGAUACGAGGAGGCCGAGGCUAUGCGCUCACGAUCCAUUUAUUUUUCCCAGUUUUCAGAACCUCCCCCGCUUCACAGACGUGCCGCUGAGACUUCGAGUCCCAGCAGAGCCCAGCUAUUUAGGGUUGUCGCGGACCGGGCAGCGACACCUCCCUCUCCUUUCCAGAGUUUCCGAUGCAUUGCGAAAUGCUGUUGCUAGCGCUACUCAGCCUAGCUGCCGUUCCGUCGUUGGCGGUCAAAGCUGACGCUUCGUCAAGCGACAAUGUUCCACUGUCAGCACAUCCAAGCCCUACACGCGAGACGAUAAAUUUCGACUUUGCUUGGAGGCAUUUCUCCACACCAGUGGAUGGUAGUGGCGGUCCCUUCUUGUCCUGUCGAACUGCGUUCACGCCAUUCGAGAAUACGACCUGCUAUGGGGUGAGGCUCGUCUCAGUUUUCAGCUCGGCAGAUGACUGCCAAACAUUGUGCUGUCUGAGUCGCUAUUGCAGAGCGUGGAUGUAUGAUAUACGGAGCGGAGCUUGUUCCAUAGAUAGCGAGAGAGAAUUUUCUUGCGAGCACCCGACGAAUGACUACACCGUAGGCGGCACUCGACCUGCGCCGGGUCCACUACCUCCGGUGCCAGAGAUGGAUGCGUCGCGACUCCAGUACGACUUUGACGAUAGCGAAUGGGAAAUCGUGAACGCUCCUCAUGACAGCUUGCUAGGACAGGAGUUUUCCGAGAACGCUUCGUCGUCACAGGGCAACUUGCCCUAUCAGUUCACCUUCUACCGGAAACAUUUCAACUUGCCGAGUGAUUGGGAGAAGGCCGGUCAGGUGAGUGUGUAUUUUGAGGGCAUAUUUCGCAGUUCGCUGGUGUAUCUGAAUUCCAUUCAGAUCAAUUUCCACGAGUCGGGAUACACAAGUUUUGCCGUUCGGCUGGACAACGUGACGGGAGUGAAGUUUGGCGCCGGAAAAGAAAAUGAGAAUGUUCUGGCUAUUCGUGCGCAGGCUUUCGGUGGUUCAGGUUGGUGGUAUGAAGGAGGAGGUCUGUACCGUCAUAACUAUUUGAUUUUCCACAGCAACAUCCACAUUGCAACCAAUGGCAUCCUUGCCAGUCUUUCACCAGAUGUUGCCAGUAUUCGUCAACUAGAAGACGGCCGCACAACGACCGCCGAUGCCAGCCUGCACGUGCGAGCUACGGUGAGGUGCGAUGCAGAGUCCGGGAACGAGGUCAAUGUCACGUUCCAACUCUACGACGCUGCUAACAAGCUGCUGGUUGCGCUUGCCGCCAACCGUACGUACAUGAAGCCGGGCGAUUCGUUUGUGUUCUUCGCUGAGCACUUGGUUGAGAAUGUGACCCUCUGGUCACCCACACAUACAUAUAUGUACAGGGUGGUGACGAUGGUGAGUGCUGGAGGCGGUGUGGUCAGCGACAUCAUCAAUGACACCUACGUCGGAGCGCGCAGUGCUCAGUGGCAUGCCGGCUACGGGGGCGGGUUUGUGCUGAACGGUGAGCCGUUCAAGUGGCGCGGCUUCUGCAACCACAACGACCUGGCCGGCGUGGGCACGGGAAUUCCCGAUCGUCUGCACCUGUUCCGCGCGCAGGCCAUGAAGUCCGUAGGCGGCAAUUCAUGGCGAAUGUCUCACAAUCCGCCGGCGCCAGCACUGCUGAGCGUCCUGGAUGAGCUUGCCAUACUGGUCUGGGACGAGACACGCAACUUUGGAGAUGAACGCCAGUGGGUGCAAGACAUUCAGGAUAUGGUUGAACGAGACCGCAACCACCCCAGUGUGAUGCUAUGGUCGUUCUGUAACGAAGGUGGCUGUCUACAGCAUGACCCGGAUGUGGCCAGCAUUGGCGGACAGUUCCGUGGGAGCGCGAAGGCAAUGGAUCCGUUUCGUCCCGUCACCGCAAACAUGGUGGCCAAGACUAUCACUGACCUGCAGUGUCCGCUGACCGGUGAGGUUGACGUGCAAGGCUUCUCACACAUGCAGGGCUUCAUCUUUGAUGACUUCUAUGAUCUCUACCCGAACAUACCCGUCAUAAACUCUGAGUGUUGUUCAUGUGUGACUCAGCGGGGUGAGGACACAGCAGACGAGACUCACCUGGCUAACUUCAAUGCCGACUGCAUCAGUGAACAGAGUGCCCGGGGAAUAACACGUCCGUUUGUAAGUGGCUCGCUGGUUUGGACGUUGUUUGAUUAUCUUGGCGAGCCUACCCCGGUUGAGUGGCCGCACGUGUCCUCAUCGUUCGGUUCAUUUGACCUGGCUGGAUUUAGCAAGGCUGCCGCAUUCUGGUACAGAGCAUGGUGGCUGUACAACUUCACACAUCCCGCGGGGAAUGAUCAAAGCACAACUGCUAAGCCUACCCAGCUAGAUAUUCCCAGACAUGCACCUUCGCUCAUUGAUCCCCAGGUCAUAGACAAGAACAGUGUCAGCAGUGCAAACUCUGGUGUGCGUAGUGCUGCAAGCGCGAGUCCCUCGGACUCUGGUGACAUCCUGGUUCAUAUAGUGCAGCAUUGGGAACCUAACAUAGCGACGGCUAUGGGCAGUGAUGACCUGCGUACUAUUCAAGUCUACAGCAACGCACCACACGUACAACUUAGCGUCAACGGUAAAACUGUUGGCACCCAGUUCCUACAAUGGUACGGCUGGGCACAGUUCAGCAGUGUAUCGUUUGAGCCUGGAAAUCUAACCGCGGCAGCGUUUUCCUCUUCUGGCAUAGUCGUGGCAACGCACACACGACUGACCUGUGGAGCGGCUGAUUCCAUUCAGCUAGUGUUGGAUGUACCAAGUGCAUCAACAGGAACAGGCACAGCUCUAGUACUGGAUGGCCAGGACACUGGAAUGAUUCGCGCAUUGAUUGUAGAUGAGAAGAACAGUGUUGUACAGUCAUCCAGUCAUAACGUCACAUUCACUCUCACCAGUGGACCAGGUCGGAUCAUUGGCGUGGGUAAUGGUGAUCCAGCAUGUCAUGAGGCAAACAAGGCUACAUCUAGAAGUGCAUAUCAUGGUGUAGUACGUGCUGUGAUUCAAGUUACACUCAACAGUGCAAUGCCAGUUCAUGUCCGACGUCGUCUUGCUCAAAUAGAUGCGGAGUCUAAUCACUACACUUAUCUACUGAAUCCUGGUGAAGACACCCACAGGAUGGGGGAGAUGAAGCAGGCUGGAGACACCACAACAGCGGCAGCCAUUGAUGAACUUCUGAGUGCCGAUAGCAUCACUGUAGAAGCCACAAGUCCCGGUUUGAAAUCAGCUACAAUCUCUAUUCCAGUCAGCAACGAUUUUGAAGGGCACAAUGUCAUGGCAACUGCAAAUGCAUGGAUGGAGCAGCGCUAGGGUAGUUGGCAGCUGGAAGCAUAGCCAAUUUGCCUCAUUGUCACCGGCGAAGCCAAUGGUGAAUAUCCCAUCUCCUCCAAACAGGUGGGUUCAUAGUUAGGACCAUUACGUUGCUACUUGGAUCAUGUCUAGGUUCUUGUACUGGUAUGGGCCAUUCGGUUAGAUUUCUUUACAGCUACUGCAUAGCAUUUUUGGGAGAGUCUCUUUCCAUUCAACAUCGUAAUUUUAAAAGUUACUACAGGUCAGACCUCGCUAUAACAUAAUCUCUGGGGGAUGGGAGAAAUUAUGUUAUAGCGAGGUUUAUGUUCUUGUGAGUUGGGCACACCAAUAUGCAAUAUGUAUGUCAAAAUGACGCUCUUCACUUACUGCUUACAGCUGUACUGUUUUACAUACAGGUAUGAUGAUGACUAGCAAAGAUGUGUA